ACAAACACGGUCCUGCCGAAGAUGGCGGAGAGUUUGUAGACGCGUAAAAAAAAGAGGCUGUUCUGCUCAAUGAAAGCACCGAAACCGGAUAUGUAGAGGCUUUGAAGCUGCACUGGAUCCUGAAUGGAGCUUGACUGGGGCUUGUACUAGCCAAGGAUGUGAGGCUGACUGAGGGCUGAUGUCAUCUUUCCCCUGCUGCAGAGGUGCUGAUAUGCGCUGAAGAUGAGUGGUGUAGGAGACAACUCGCUGGAGCUUCUGUGCGCCAACCGCAAACGUAAACUGUCUACCUGUGACACACCGGGUUUAGGGUGUGACAAGCGUCGGAGGGAACAGGAGAGCAAGUACAUUGAGGAGCUAGCUGAGCUCAUUUCUGCCAACCUCUCCAACAUCGACAGCUUCAACGUCAAGCCUGACAAAUGUGCCAUCCUCAAGGAGACUGUCCGGCAGAUCAGGCAAAUCAAAGAGCAAGGAAAGAACUCUUGUAGUGAUGAUGAUGUCCAGAAGGCGGAUGUUUCCUCCACUGGCCAAGGGGUCAUUGACAAGGACCAUCUGGGACCAUUGCUCCUACAGGCCCUGGAUGGCUUUCUUUUUGUGGUGAACCGCGAAGGAAACAUUGUUUUUGUGUCAGAUAAUGUCACCCAGUACCUGCAGUACAAGCAGGAGGAGCUCAUCAACACUAGUGUGUACAACAUCCUCCAUGAUGAGGACAGGGAGGAGCUCCACAAGAAUCUACCCAAGUCAAAUGUAGCACCAAAUGGGGCACCGUGGGGUGGAGAGGUGCCCCGGCAGAAGAGCCACACCUUCAACUGUCGAAUGCUGGUGAAGUUCGUCCACGGCCGUAGUCACGGAUUGUCAGAAGAGGGAGCUGGCAGUCAGCGCUAUGAGACCAUGCAGUGUUUUGCACUCACACAACCCAGGGCCAUGAUGGAAGAGGGAGAUGAUUUACAGUCUUGUAUGAUCUGUGUGGCACGACGCGUCACUGCAGGAGAGAGAACAGAGAGAUUCAGUACUCGUCAUGAACUGUCCGGUAAACUCAUUGAAAUUGAACAGCAAAGCACUCUUCACACCACUAUGCGCCCAGGCUGGGAGGAUCUAGUGAGGCGUUGUAUGCAGAUGUUCCUUCAUCACAGUGAGGGACAACCCUGGUCCUAUAAACGACAUUAUCAUGAUGCUUUCCUUCACGGUCAUGCUGAGACCCCACUCUACCGCUUCUCGCUCCGCGAUGGCACCCCAGUCACAGCACAGACCAGGAGUGAUCUCCGUAGGAAUUCCAAUCCAAAUGAACCACCCACCUUCCUUUCCACACAUUUGCUGCAAAGGGAGCAGAGUAGUUACCGUGGUAAUCAAGGUGGAGGUAUGAGGUCCCAACGCAUGGGUAUGAACAACCCUAACCAACAGAUGAACAUGGGCCCAGGAGGGGGUAUGACUAUGAACAGAGGCUAUGGAGCGGUGGAACAGGGCAACAUGCAACAAAGAGGAGUGCCUCUCUACACUGGUGGCAAUCGCAUGAAUUCCAUGAACCAAAUGACUCCCAUGAGUCAGAUGAAUCAAAUGAAUUCUGUACAUCAGAUGAACAAUAUGAGUCAAAUUAACCAGAUGAAUCAAAUGAAUUCCAUGCACCCAAUGAACUCUGUGAACCAAAUGGGGCCAGUGAAUCAGAUGGGCCACCAUGGCAUACAUCAACAGCAACAUCAGCAAAUGGGUCACUUCCAUGGAGCAGGAGCUGGAGCAGGAUACAGCAUGGGAAUGGCAAGUCCUCCCCAGGCCAGUCCAGGAAUUAAUGCCUUGGGUUCACCCAGAGUCCGAGGAAGCCCCAAGAUAGGCGCCAACCCCUUCUCUUCUGGAGGUAUGAACUCUCCCAAAAGUUCAACUCACCCUGUUAACUCUGGAUGUGGAGGGGGAGGGCCCACCUUCUCAAGCAGCUCCUUAAAUGCUCUCCAAGCCAUUAGUGAGGGAGUAGGCAAUUCGGUGCCCUCUUCCCUCACAUCUCUUUCCUCACACAAGUCUGACAGCUCCCCUAGUGUCAAUUCCACCAACCAUGGAACAGGAGGACUUUGUAAACCAGGGCACAUAUCCCAUUCUGAGUCAAAGAGUCCAGGCAGCUCACUGGGUCCUGGAGGAGAGCAGCAGUCUCAGCAGCGCUCUCACAGCCCUGCUAGUGAGGGAACUUCUGACAAGCCAGACAGCCAGGCCAGCAGAGAGGUGGGUCCAGUUGGAGGAGAACCUAAUCGCCGAGUCUCUGACAACAAGAGCCACAAAAAGCUGCUCCAGCUCCUCACCUCUCCUACAGAUGAACAGGUUUCUCUUAAUCAGACACCUAGUUCUGGGCCUAACACAGUGUCUGAGGCAAAAGAUGGAUCAUCAAGUGUCACAAGUCCCUCCUCCUCAACUGGAGUGUCCUCUUCCACAGGUGGGAAUAGUCAGCAAUGUCAUGGACCGGUGUCCUCUUCUGGUGGUACUGGCCAUUUUACCAGUCAGUCAUUGCAAGAGAAACACAAAAUCCUUCACAAGCUACUGCAGAAUGGGAACACUCCAGAUGAUGUGGCUCGUAUCACAGCUGAGGCCACUGGGAAGAGCUCCAUGGAGUCUGGUGGGCCAGAGGCUGGGCCCACAGCCACUGGAGGGGUUAGGCCAUCGGAAUCAAAACAAGAACAGCACAGCCCAAAAAAGGGGAAGGCCCAUGCCCUCCUUCACUACCUCCUCAAUAAGGAUGACUCUAAAGAUGGUAGUGAUAUCAAGCCAAAGUUGGAGGAGCUUGAGGGGAAAGGGAGCCAGGGUGGAAGGGUCUCUAGCUCUGAUGUCCACCCUUUGAAUGGAAAAGUCAAGAUGGAGCCAUCUGAUGAGAUGGAAACUCUGGAGACCAUUCUGGGUGGCCCAAGGAACAGCUCAUGCUUUUACCCUGAACCAGACUCCAGAGCAGGGAAGGAAGUGGGAACUAAACAAGGAAAUAUGCCUGACAGUUUACAUGACGGUGAGAGAGGCUCUGUGGCUCCAGGUCAGCGUGCCUAUCAACGGGCCUUGUCUCUGGACGCGAAGCCCUUAGGUGGAGACGGAGCACUAGGAGGUGGACUGGCUGGGAGGAGAAAUGUCCCCUGUCCAACCAUGGUCAAACAAGAGAACAUGGAUUCUUCCCUCCGAACAGGGAGUGUGCCCAGUGGCUUUAAUGGAGGCGUGGGUGUGUGUCCACCACGAGCCAGUGCCACAAGAGGCAUAGGCAGAGGCAUGGGAAUGCCACAGUGCCCUCCAAUGGCAAGCUCAGGGGACUGGGUGAUCCCAAGGUCUAAUGCAAGUCCUGGGGCUGGACCAGGACAUCUUGGCAUGGGUAGAUCUGGCACUAUGGGAGGGCCCAUGUUGAGUCGCUCAAACAGUGUGCCUGCAAAUACCAGGUCUAUGCUGCAGCAACAACUCAUGGAUAUGGGUCCUAAUGAUAACAUGAGUAUUAACCCGUUUGGUAGACACGGACCUUCUCCUCAGUCUCCUUCCUGGCAAGAUUCUGCUAUGGGAAUAGACAGAUCACAAAGUAACACAAACAGGGAACCAUUUGGACACCCCUUGGAUGAGCUGCUUGGACCUCUGACUAACAGUGACGGCCAGAGUGACGAACGGGCACUUCUGGACCAGCUGGACUCUCUGCUGAACAAUGCUGAUGUCAUGGCAUUGCAGGAGAUAGACCGCGCACUCGGCAUCCCUGACCUAGUAGGACAGAGCCAGGGACCUGAGGGGCACCAGCAGAGCCAGGACCAAAGCCAGGUUCAGUGCCCUCCACCAGGACCAGAGUCCUCCAUAGGCAUGGACCAAAAGCCCAUCUAUGGCCAGGGUUACCCUGUGCCCCCAUCCAUGGGUAUGCAGUCUGCUUAUGGUGGAAAUCCAAUGCAAGGACAGUCUCCUGCAGGCUUUAACCCCAUGAUGAAUCAGAUGAGCCAGCCAGGGGGCUUCCCUGGUAUAAGUAUGGGCAAUCCCCGUGCCACCAUGAUGAGGCCCCGCAUGAUGAAUGCCACCAAACCCCUGCGACUGCAACUACAGCAAAGACUACAAGGACAGCAGUUUAUGAACCAAACUCGACAAGGUAUGAAGAUGGAAAAUGUGCCUGGAGGAAGCCCCGUCAUGCGGCCAGGCAUGCAGCCUGGUAUGCAGGCAGCUGGCAUGGCGGGUCAGCCUGGUUUCCUGAAUGCACAGAUGAUGGCUCAGCGCACGAGAGAGAUGAUGACCAUGCAGAUGAGGAGGCAGCGGAUGAUGAUGAUGAUGCAGCAGGGGCAGGGGGCAGCAGGAGGCUUCAGCCCUCCUCCAAAUGUCACAGCACCAGGAGGCAUGGACAACCCCAUGGGAGGGCCCCCCAUAAACCAGCCUGGACAGCAGGCCUUCAACUACGGAGGCAACUAUGGAAUGAACCAGCAGGGGGACCCACCAUUCUUGGCUCCAGGGAGCAGCCCACCUGGCAGCAUGAUGCCAGGGCGGAUGGGAGGCCCUCCUCAGAACACCAUGAUUCCAGGAGUGCAAGCCAAUCCUCAGGGGGUGCCUAUGUACCCAUCUGGAGACAUGAAGGGCUGGCAACAGGGUGGCAUGCCACGCAGCAGCUCUUAUCCCCAGCAGCAGUUUACUCAGCAGGGCAACCAGGGCCAGUUUGGACCCAUGAUGAUGAGCAGCUCCAUGGGUGGACCAGGUCCAGGCAGCGGGGCCAGUGUAGGACAGAUGGGUCAGAUGCCCGGACAGAUGCAGGGACAAAUGGGCAUGAACCCCAUGGGGAUGGGCAGAAUGCCAGUGGGACCUGAUCAAAAGUAUUGCUGAGGGCGUGAAAUGGGCAAAUUCCAUCAGUGACAGAACGAUCUACGCCAGGAGAAAAGUUUCACCCACACACCUCAUGCACGAGACCAUGAGCACACCACACAACACCCUGCGCCAGUUAGACAGAAAAAGCGUGCCAGGUCUCAUCCCCUACUGGAGCUUGCCCACCUGCAGCAAGGCAGCUUAUACUGAGGGUGUGUGCACGCUUGUUCUUGUGGUUUUGCGUGGAAGACGUGGAGCUGUGUGUGUUCAGGCUGAGACGUGGACUGGGACUACGGUACAGUGGUCUGUGGCUGCACUUUAGCUGAAGGCUUGUGUACGGAAAAGCAGCGCUGCAAUAUUUCUUCCUUAUUAACAGCCUUAGUCAAGAUUCACGGCCUUCACCACAGCUGGGCUCUCUUUUUUCUUUUUAUCUCUUGGAUGCGCCUCAUAAAGGUCAUUGGAGGCUAUAAGCACACUUCUUCACACAGAUCAUAGCAAUAACACUUGCCUCUUCACUUUAGACUGUAACUGAGCAUCUCGCCCCCUGUUGUAAACCAGAAGGUACUGCGGUUUUAGAAGUCACAUUGUCUUCUGUGAAUAUGAAUUGUAAAUACAGAAUAUAUCAUCUUUUUAAAGGCCCAUUUUAUUGCACAAAGGAUGAGACCUGGUUGUAUUUUUGUGUUGUGUAGGUCAGUUUGCUUUGUUUAAUGCCUUUGCAAAUGUUGCAGGCAUGUUUGAGGGAUUUGUUUUUCCAUGUUUGGCAUUUUCUGAAUGCUGUAUUUUUUUUCUUAGUUAUACUAAUUCUGUAUUUUACGUUUCAGCGAGGCACUUUGACGUGUGAUGAGUAACAGAGCUGAAGUUUGAACUUUCCGACUAUCAAAGGUUGUAUUGGAAGGUGUCAGAGGUGAGCUCUGUCUGAACAGAUUUAAAGGAGAAGUCGGUGAGAAAACAACCAAUGUGCUAUUGUGGUUGACAGGUGAUACGUGAAAACAGGAACAUCCUUGCAGUGUUCACUCCACCGUGUCCGUGUUGUAAUUCUCACAGAAUCUACCUUUUCAACAUGCGCAAACCCAAAGAUAUUUUUCCACAUCUUUGUAUAGUUUCCGAGGUUGCUGGUGUACAUUUUUAUAAUAUGCUUUAUACUGUGCUGGUGGAGAAUGGGUACAUAUCGUGGAUCUGUGAAAGCAUUUGAUGGUUACUGUAGGAACGAGGGGAAUUUAUUCUGCAAAGAGGCCGACAGGAAACCGGCAGUGGGACGUGAAAUGGACUAAAAACCCGAGCCCACAUCAAACGUCUGGCACGGAGAGAAAAAAGAAAACUAAAUAUGUUUUGCUGUGAAAUAGAUUAAAAUCCACUUCGACAUAUCAAUCUUCUAUUUUUCAGGAAGCAAAUUCAUUUUAUUUCCACAUUUUGUUACUUCAGGAAAAAAAAGAA